GCAAUAAGAGUUUUCCCUUUUCCGUGCAGAAAACUUCCAAGUUCCAACAAUGGCCUCCACAGAGAAUCAGCCCAAAAAAUCCAGCGUUUACUUCAAUGCCGACGAUGCUCGAGUUUUGGCCAUGGAAAUCCCAGGCUUUGUAGUCCUUCCUAUGGUUUUCAAAGCUGCUGUAGAACUGGAUCUGCUAGAGAUAAUAGCUAGAGCUGGCCCAGAUGCUCAGCUUUCUCCUUCAGUGAUAACAUCUCAGCUCCAAACACAGAACCCAGAAGCCCCUGAGAUGGUUGAUCGUAUCAUGAGGCUUCUAGCCAGCUACUCCAUCCUCACUUGCUCUCUUGUUACCCAUGAUGACGGCCGUGUUGAAAGGCUCUAUGGCUUGGCACCUGUUUCCACUUAUUUUCUCAAAAAUCAUGAUAACCCAUUUACUGAUUACUUGACGGUCUUCAAUCAGGACCUCUUCCUCCACAGCUGGUAA